AUGGAGAGGCUUGACUGCACGGAACGAAAGCUGCUUAGACAGCUACUUGGCUACUUUUGGCCUAGGGUAUGUCACAAUGAAGAUCUUUACGCAGAAAUUGAUGUGGUAUACCGGCGGAUGACACGUCGAAAACAUCAACAUCUUGCACCGCCAUCGAAAGUGGCUAAAGUAAAUCGUCUUCGCUUAUUUGGUCAUAUAUUAAGGAGACCGGCAGAUCGCCUUGUUCAACGAGUUCUGAGGAGUUCGUCGGGUUCGAGCUGGAAGAAGCCACCUGGCCGAAAACGGAAGUUCUGGACUGAGGCGGUGAAAGAGGAUCUGAGGACACUCGGCGUGAAUAGGCAGCUCAAGCGAGACGUAAGGUUUCGCAGAGUAUGGAAUAGCGACGAAUGGAUUGAUUCUGUGCAAGCUCUCGCAGAAGAUCGAGAAGGGUGGGCAGAGCCGUGUUCAAGGACGGCACACCUCGGCCAAGAUGCGGAUAAUCGCGUCAGGCGAUGA